AAUGGACAGCUUCUGGGUGCAGAGCGCUAUUGGCGCGAUCAAGGCGAUCGCCUUCGUGUACGACAUUAUCACCCUUCCGGUCUACUUGGUGCUCCAGAAGCCCUGGAAACGCCGUCAGGACUCGCGUCGCGUGAAGGCCAAGCCCAUUAACCAGAAAAUGUUGGUCGAUGAGUCCAAGUACGCGCCGGAUGACAUUGAGGCAAAGAUCGUGCGGAACGAUGACAAUGAGCUGACCUACCGGACCACGGAUCCACCACGGGAUGUCCACGUGAAGAUGCUGCAAGAGAAUAUCGACACGCUGGAAAAGGUAUUCAACUAUGUGGCCAAAACGUACACGUCGAAGCGUUGUCUGGGCACCCGGCAGAUCCUUAGCGAGGAGGAUGAAGUGCAGCAGAACGGUCGAGUCUUCAAGAAGUACAACCUCGGUGACUACAAGUGGAAGACGUUCACCGAGGCGGAGCGCACGGCGGCUAAUUUCGGGCGCGGUCUGCGAGAACUCGGCCAGAAACCACGCGAGAACAUUGUCAUCUUCGCCGAAACGCGAGCCGAGUGGAUGAUAGCUGCCCACGGAUGCUUCAAGCAGGCUAUGCCCAUUGUCACCGUCUAUGCUACGCUGGGCGAUGAUGGAGUUGCUCAUUGCAUCACCGAAACGGAAGUCACCACGGUUAUCACCUCCCAUGAUCUGCUGCCCAAGUUUAAGACGCUGCUGGACAAGUGCCCGUUGGUGAAGACCAUUAUCUAUAUUGAGGAUCAGCUGCAAAAGACGGAAACCACUGGCUUCAAGGAGGGCGUCAAGAUCUUGCCGUUUAACCAAGUUGUCAAGACAGGACAAGACAGUAAAUUUGAGCACGUUCCACCCAAGGGCGAUGACAUUGCCAUUAUCAUGUACACUUCCGGCUCCACUGGCACACCUAAGGGUGUCCUCCUCUCCCACAAGAACUGCAUUGCGACAAUGAAGGGCUUUGUUGAUAUGGUGCCUAUCUAUCCGGAUGAUGUACUGAUCGGAUUCCUGCCCCUGGCUCACGUUUUUGAAUUGGUUGCGGAAAGUGUGUGUCUCAUGACCGGCGUUCCAAUCGGCUACUCGACCCCCCUGACUCUGAUCGACACUAGCAGCAAGAUCAAACGCGGGUGCAAGGGCGAUGCCACCGUCCUGAAGCCCACCUGCAUGACUUCGGUGCCGCUGAUAUUGGAUCGCAUUUCCAAGGGCAUUAACGAUAAGGUUAACUCUGGCUCGGCGUUCAAGAAAUCACUUUUCAAAUUCCUUUACCAGUACAAAGUCAAGUGGGUGCAGAGGGGGUACAAGACGCCGCUGAUUGACAAACUGGUGUUCAAGAAGGUGGCAAAGCUUAUGGGUGGCAAAGUGCGCAUUAUCAUGUCCGGCGGAGCCCCUCUGUCAGCAGAUACACAUGAGCAAAUCAAGACCUGUUUGUGCUUGGAGCUGAUUCAGGGCUAUGGCCUUACGGAAACUACGUCUGGAGCCACUGUCAUGGACUACCGUGAUAUGACCUAUGGACGCACUGGAGGUCCAUUAACUGUCUGCGACAUCCGUCUAGUCAACUGGGAAGAAGGCAACUACCGCGUCACAAAUAAACCUUAUCCCCAGGGUGAAGUUCUCAUUGGCGGCGAGUGCGUCUCCCAGGGAUACUACAAGUUGCCCGGCAAGACCAACGAGGAUUUCUUUGAGGAGGAUGGGCAGAGAUGGUUUAAAACCGGCGACAUUGGCGAAAUUCAAGCUGAUGGCGUACUUAAGAUUAUUGAUCGUAAGAAGGAUCUGGUUAAGCUGCAGGCCGGCGAGUAUGUUUCCCUUGGCAAAGUUGAAUCUGAGCUGAAGACUUGCGGAAUCAUCGAGAACAUUUGCGUAUACGGAGAUCCGACAAAGCAGUACACAGUGGCGCUGGUCGUCCCCAACCAAAACCAUUUGGAGGAGCUGGCACAGAAACAUGGCCUGGGUGAGAAGACCUUUGAGGAGCUGUGCUCAUCACCGAUCAUAGAGAAGGCUAUUCUCAAGGAAAUUGCUGAGCAUGCGCGGAAAUGUAAAUUGCAAAAAUAUGAGGUUCCCGCCGCCAUCACACUGUGUAAGGAAGUCUGGUCUCCGGACAUGGGGCUGGUAACCGCCGCCUUCAAGCUGAAGCGCAAGGAUAUCCAGGACAGAUAUCAGCAUGAUAUUAACCGCAUGUACGCCUCAUGAAAGUCAAUGUACUAAGUCAGAGGUACCAGAUGCAGCAACGACAACAACACGCAAACAUUAAAGCAGCAGCAAUGAAGCUAGUGUGUACUAAUUGUUUUUAGUAGCACCCCACACAGCAUAAGCAUGCAUACGAAAUCCAAAACCAAACUAGCUUAAGUCCUAAAAGAUCUAAAUGCCGAGCAGUACAUGCAGGAAAACGAUUAGCCACAUGGCGCAUGUAAAGACAGACAGAAUGUUCUCAUUUUCCUUUUCCGUUUCGUUUUAUCUUAUUUGCUAGAAAUCGAAAAUUGCUCGUUUCUCAUUUUAAUAAAGUUCGUCAAAGACUUGUUUGGCAGAUAUGUAGCUGAAGCUGGGUUUGGUUUGGAAAUGCGCUGUGUAUGUGCUAGGAAUGCUGUUGAACAGAUUGACAAUGAUACUGGUAAUGAUAACUGAAUGCCGAUGAUGAGAAGGAAUAUUGUAUACUGUACAGAUUUCGGUUUAUAGUACAUUUUGUGGCAAAUUUAUAUUGCAGAAAAAUACUUAUUUUUAUAUUAAGCUUAAGUGGUUGCCUAUUAAUUAUGUACAUACGAUAUACACAUCCAUAUAAAAGCAUAUAUGUGUAAAAUAAAUCUAAUAUUUAGUGUACUUCUCUAUGCUAAGUUAAAUGUAUGGAAUUCUUGAAGUAAUGAAAUGUAGACAGCAGCAUGAAAGCGACUUGAUUAUGAAUUAAAAGCGACAACUGAAAGUAAAGAACCUAAGAAUUUCCCUUGCAAAUGCUUCUUUUUGGCGCAGAGUAAAAUGCAUCUAAACACAAAUGGAACCAUCCAAAAAUUACUUUUAAUUACACAAAGGCAUAAAGGUUACAAAGGCGAUUGUAAUAUAUAUUUUAGCUCAAUUUAGUUAAAAAAGGACAUCAAAUGAAUUUUAUGAAAUAUAUUAUGUAAAGCACGUAAAGAGAAAAGUCAAAAUUAAUAUGCAACAAAUGAAAGACUUAGUACCAAAAUAUAAAAAAAAAACACUGGAAUCACUAGAAGGCCAACAAAAACGCCUAUAUCUAAAACUAAAAAGUAAUAACAUUUGUUUUAGAUGUGCAAGAACUUUUUGAAUAAAUUGUAGUCAUAUUUUUAGUUAAACUAUGUAUAUUUAGGAAACGUUUAGCAAUUUUCUGUGGAAACGUUACGUUUCUUUUAAAUAAAAUUCAAAUGAUACAAAGAUGCAAUUUCGACUUCUUUAAAAAUCACGAGGGAAGGCGUGUGGAACUCGUAUCUCCGAUUUUGUCACCCUGAUCAAAUAGAUCAUUGUUAUUAUAACGAAACGAGUUACGAGUAAUAAAGAUGUAAGACAAUUAUUACACAUAAGUAUCAAUGCAUUAUAAUAUUUUUGAUCGUAUGAAAUACUGGAUAAAUGAAUAAACGAAA